GAAUGGUCUCAUUUUUUCCAAUCAGAGUUUAAAUGAGGAUGAUCCACAUGAUCAUCAAAGUUUGGAAGGUCAAGUCCAGAAAAUGAAGAAUGAUAUCCUGGGUUUAAACUAUCCAGAAGAUAGUGAAGUGAAGGAUCCCCUGCCUCAGAUCGAGCUGAAGGCUGUGACAAGGAGAAAAGUUAAGACCAAGAGGAAGACCAGUGCCAACAGGCCCACAGUUGAACAGAGCACUGAUACUGAUGCAGCUGAGAUAGAUUUUGUUGAUAAUCAGAAUGAUGAAGAUGAGGAUGAGGUGAAGAAGGAUCCCCUGCCUCAGAUGGAGCCGGAUGCCGUGAAGAGAAAAAAAGUCAAGAGUUUAAAUGAGGAUGAUCCACAUGAUCAUCAAAGUUUGGAAGGUCAAGUCCAGAAAAUGAAGAAUGAUAUCCUGGGUUUAAACUAUCCAGAAGAUAGUGAAGUGAAGGAUCCCCUGCCUCAGAUCGAGCUGAAGGCUGUGACAAGGAGAAAAGUUAAGACCAAGAGGAAGACCAGUGCCAACAGGCCCACAGUUGAACAGAGCACUGAUACUGAUGCAGCUGAGAUAGAUUUUGUUGAUAAUCAGAAUGAUGAAGAUGAGGAUGAGGUGAAGAAGGAUCCCCUGCCUCAGAUGGAGCCGGAUGCCGUGAAGAGAAAAAAAGUCAAGAGUUUAAAUGAGGAUGAUCCACAUGAUCAUCAAAGUUUGGAAGGUCAAGUCCAGAAAAUGAAGAAUGAUAUCCUGGGUUUAAACUAUCCAGAAGAUAGUGAAGUGAAGGAUCCCCUGCCUCAGAUCGAGCUGAAGGCUGUGACAAGGAGAAAAGUUAAGACCAAGAGGAAGACCAGUGCCAACAGGCCCACAGUUGAACAGAGCACUGAUACUGAUGCAGCUGAGAUAGAUUUUGUUGAUAAUCAGAAUGAUGAAGAUGAGGAUGAGGUGAAGAAGGAUCCCCUGCCUCAGAUGGAGCCGGAUGCCGUGAAGAGAAAAAAAGUCAAGACCAAGAGGACCAAGAGAAACAAAGUGGAGCAGAUCACUGAUACAGAUGCAGGUCCCUCUACAUCUGUGGAAUUCUCUGGGAUGACAGUUCAGGGGACAUCUCACCAGGGACAAUCUAAUGAGUGUGUCUCCAGGGCCUGUCAGACCAGGGCUCUUGACCUCCCGCCAAUCAAUCCGGAUGCUUUCAACCCGGUUAUCAUCCGGUUUCUGGAAAAACUUACUGAGGAGCAAUGGAGGCAGUUAAGCAUUGGCAGGAUGGACCCUGUGAUGAGGGCAUUGCUUGCAGAGAUGUGCCUGGAGAUUGUGCGGUUUGUAUCUGAGGCCAUCCUGGAGGUCAUCAUCCCUGCAAUUUUCCGUUUUGUACGGAUAUACAGCCAUGUGUCUCCAGUAUCCGGCAAGUCUCUGACAGAAUCAGAGAGAUCCUCUAGCACAAACCUGAAGGUUCGCAAGAGAGGCAGCAGCAAAUCCUCAAGGUCUUGCACGGCCAAAUCAAGCUCCUCUCGUAAUGGGUCUCAGACAUUGUUGCCAAAUACUCAGGGAGAUGGUGAGUCUAUUUCAUCUGAGCCACUCAGUGACUUUUUUGGGAUCACUGAGGACAGUCUCCUCACUGGUGUCCAGGAUUCCUUCAAAGAGUCGCUGAACAAUGUCCUCUGUAUCCAAAGAGAGGGCCAGGUAGACACUCAAAGUCUAUCCCGGGUUAUUGUUGGAGAAGUGUCAAAGAAAGUAAAUUCCAUCAUCUCUGUGGCCAUCCAAACUCCCAUCUCUGGGCGAAUGUCCCCUGUCAUUUUUGCCAGUGGUGGUGUCUCCAGCACCAAGGUGGUUGAGGAGAUGGUGUCUGGCAUUUCCAACAUACUUCAGAUGUACAUUAAUGGGAAGAGUGUUGAGCAGAGUGUUGUUCUCAGAGAGGAUGGUGUUGAGGUGGAUAUGACACAUUUAACAGGACAGGUCAUGACAGCCCUCAGUGGCACUGUUUUGAACUUCAGCAAUAAGGAGGAAAAUGAACCCGACAAGAGGGAACUGCUUUGUGUUGUUGCUGACCAUAUGAAGAGGCUUGAAGCUUGUAAAAGUCCUGAGGAGAUGCUAAAACAAGGAGAGAGCAACCUCAAUAUCAAAGGUACCAAAUCUAGUCUUUGUCUGUCAACACAAAGUAUGGACAGGCUACUCACUGAGGAGUUUCAGACCAAGGCCACUGAAUCGAUCCGGGAGAUCGUUAAAAGAUUCAGGGGUUGUGCAUCAUGUUGUUCUGGCACUACAUCAUCUAGUCCAACUCCUAGGAUAGGUGAGAUCAGAGACCUUAUGAUUGACCCUGAGGCUUCUGAGUUGGUAAGUACCUUUGUUUCAGACAUGGACAAUCUUACCCAGUCUAUCAGGGCAUCCUGCUCCCCUGCACAGAGUGAGCAGAUCCUUCUUGAAAACCAUCAAAGUAAGAUCUGGUCUUACACUGUUGGUUGUUACUACGACAUGAAAAAUACGCUGAAGAGGCUCCUUACCUGUCCAGAAAAAGGGGAUCUCGCAAGUACAUUUGUGGAGAGCACAAAAGAUUCUUUCACAAUGGUUCCAACUUUGUGCCUGGACAUCGGUCAUUCCAGUAAUGGUGAGGCUGACACAUCGGACUCCAUUUCUUGUAAACCACUUUUAAUAACCUCCUCAUCUAUGAAUGAACAAAAAGGACAAAGUGAGACCCCAAAACCUCUCUUGGCUCUCAAAAAGUAUUUGCAAGACCAAGUUCUCCUUGACACCGCAAAAGCGAUUGCCAGCCAGGUUCUAGUCUUGUAUAAGACUGAGGUGAUGGAGAAGUUCUCAUCUUCUGUUGGAGAGUGUGAUUCUGAAGAGUCUCUGGAGGCCAUUCUAUUUGUGGAUGGCAUCAUGUCUGACUUGAAUGAUUUCACCAGUUCUUGUUCCGCCUCACCAUCUGAGUUGUUAGACAGUGAACAAUGUCUCUCCCAUCUCACUUUUCCACUUGGUCUGCAGGACAGCACCACCAACAGUGAAUCUACCCAGAGUCUUCCAGUUAUAAAUAUGAAGAAACUCUCCAGUGUGUCUUUCCAGACAAAGGCUAGAAAGGCAGUGAGUGAAGCUCUGAGAUCUGUCAACCCCUUUACAAACAGCUUACUGGGAGACUCGGAAGCAUCUAAAUUGCUGGACACUUUUGUAACAGAUGUGGAGACUAUUGUUCAGUCCAUGCAGGCACAUGACUCUGAAAAUUUCAAAAUGUCAAAAGUGAGCACCCUUUCUGCUGCUCGUAUUAUAUAUCAUAGAUUUCGAGAAAUGCUGAGGUGGUUUCUCACUCCCUGCCAAGACUCUGUAAAGGUCAUCGAUGGUGUUACACCAAUACAUAAUGAGACUCUCAAACAGGCUCCUAGUGAAAGUUUAGAUUCUCAGGUGACUUGUAGUAGUGAUUCUCUUGAAAUCCAAGCAGACCUUCAAACCUGUACCAAGGAGGUCAUUAGUCAGAUCCUCACUGUGUAUCACUCCGAGGAAUCCAUGGAGGAAUGCAUAUCUAGCCUAAAAGGAGAUACAGAAGACCUGUCCAAGCUUUUGGAUGCCGUUGUUUCUCAGAUUGACGUCCUUGCCGCCUCCAAAUCAUAUUUAUUUGUUUAUGACUAUGCUGUCAAUACACAGGACAAUUUGCAUGGUGAGAUCAACAAUAUUGAGGAGGAGGCAUCCUCUAGAAGUCUUAAAUCCACAGCCUUUGACAAACUAUGUACUGAGGAGUUUCAAACUAAAGCCUCACAUAUGGCUGGUGGGAUCCUUCAAUCAGGGUUAAUUGGCAUUGUAAAUACCAACCUUGAUGGUAGAAGUGUAGAGUCCAGUAAUGAAAGUGAUGUCAAAAUCCUUCAGAAGAGUGGAACUCCAUCUUUGUUCACCUCUUCUCUGCACACCAAUUCUGCAGCAUCCAACAUUGUCAUAAGCAUCACUAAAGACCUUAAUAGCUUCACCCAGAUGACUAAAAUGUCUGAUGCUUCAGUGUCUGGCCAGUUAGAGAGAUCCCUGUCAGCUUCAACCCUUCCUGUCAGUGUUCACAACGGGGCCAAUGUGAAAGGAAAGAUCAUUUGGCCAGGCACUGUUAACCUGUUCAACAAUGUGUUCACCAAGGUCAAGGAUUUUUUUGCCCAGCAACAACCGGUCCUCCUAGACAAUGUGGUUGAGGCCCCCAAACAUGCCAAAUCCAUAUGCAGAACAGCUACUUCUACACAAAUGACUUACAGUGAACAUGAAGGCAGCCAGACCAGCAUGGUAAAUUAUUCCAAAACCUUAAUUAGUCAGACUCUGAUGACAAUCCAGAGCAGAGUGUCUAUGUCAGAGAGGAUGAGCACCUCAGAGAAAGGCCUCUUGACUUGUUCCAUCGUGGGCUCCAUGUUGGAGGAUGUUGACAUGGUGAGAACUGAUGGAAAUGAGAUACACCGGCCAUCCUCCUCAAAGUCCUCCCUGUCCAUCACCUCUGCCAUGACCAGAGGGUCCCAGAGUGAUUUUACAAAUUCUCUUCCAGGCACUCCAGUCCCCAAUGAGUGGCCUGUUGAAAUCUAUUGUCCUAUCAUUAGGAGUUCGGUCAUUGAUAUGAGUGACUCCUCAACUCAUUCACAAGGGUCAACAAAUUACACAAGGCAAACCAUUUCUGCCAUAGUUAACACUGUUAUGGAGGUCAUUCCAAGAAAAGAUACGGAACACAUAGCAACUGCAGAUGAUGUCACUUCUUUUACAAGAAGACUUGCGAGACUCAGCCCCAGGGACGGUCUUCAGAACUUCUCACAUGAGCUCACUGACAAAGUUUAUGAGCUCAUAAAAAGUCACAACACCCCCCAGGCUCUUUUUGUGCCAGCUGGCAAGAGCGUGUCUGACUCUAUUCUUUUGAAGCUGAAGACAGGAUUGAAUGCUUCUGAAGAAUCCAGGGAGUUUCCAUCUGACCUUGUGUACUCCUUUGCUACGGAGUCAAUAAAACGUCUGCUACAGCAGAUUGUCUUCUGGCUUCCUCCACCAUCACAAGGAUCCGAUUUCUGCCAAACUGUCAUCUCUGAUGGUUCUCUGCAGGACACAAGUCAGCUUAUCCCGAGCUCUUCUGCCAUCUCCAUUAGUUCCUCACAGGUUUACUGUGACACAAAGAGCCUUUUCACCAAUAUAAUGGUCAAUCAGGUCAUGGAUACCUGUUCUGUGGCCUCCAGUUCAUCAGAAGAAUUAUCAGAGUUGAUGAACAUAAUCAAUGGGUUGUCCCCAACUGAUGCUGGAACACUUGACUCUGACAGACCGGCUCUCAUGACCACUAGCCGUCAGUCUAGUGCCAAAUCAUUGCCUAGAACCUCUCUGUCUGGCAGCAGCAGCACACACAACGGUGGAACUGUGGAUAUUCAAGUUUUAGGAGAGGUGGAAUCCAAGAUGGACAACAAAGAUCUGGAGAUGUGUAGUGUCUCUGUGUAUCCAUCAACUCCAUCAGCCAUGGACUCUGAUACACAUGCAUCAUUUGACUCCACUAGCAAUGACUACACCUCUUUGGUACUUUUACUGAUUGUUAGAUUGCUGUCAAUGAUCACCCCUAUCACAUUACUGGAAUCCUCUGACAUUGGUGAAACAUCAAGAGUUCUCACAAAGAGGAUUCUGUCUGAGUUCUGUGGCACCUCAGGCCUUGAACCAACUCAAGCCUACCCCCAGAAUCUGAAAAUCAAAAAGAUUUUCAAGGCUGUCUACAAGGGGCUUCUUCAAGAAUUUGGGUCAGAGAAGAUGCUCCAGGUUGCAAUGAAGUCAACGGAUUAUGCAUUUGACGAUGCCCUGGUCAAAUCAUUAACUAGGGAACUACUAACUAAAUGCAAUGAGGCUAGCUCUUCACCUCCCUCCAUGACCCAGUUGUCAUCACACAAUGCACUUGGCAGUGACGAGGUAGGUAAUUCUGGGCUUCCAACAACUGGUAGAAAGGAAAAGAAGAGAGGAAGAUUCAGCUCUCUCUGUGGACUCAACCCAAAGUGUACAAAGAAGGUCAACAAGAAGAACCACUGCAUUCCAACACCUUCCCAGAACCAGACCCCUGCCGUCAGUGAAACAGCCGUGAGGAUGCGGACGAUGUCCUGUAGCUGGCUCAUUGAUGGUUCACUUCUCAGCUUCUUUGGAAGUUGCUCCUUGGUUGGGGUAUUCAGGUAUGAAUCGCAUUCACCCCCCUUUUUUACACUGCAAGCAUAUGAGUGAGUUUCAACAAUGCCUCUUUUCUCCUUGGAAGUUUCAACAUCCAUUAUCUCAGCAACAGUUUGGUCAUGUCCUGAUUACAUGCUUCUAGCUAUGAAGACGUUAGCAGGCUAACUUAACUACACACGCUGAAACUUUUCGAUAGCUAGCUUGUUCGUUGGAACUCGUCAAAAAUAUUUGUCAAUGGUUUGAUUAAUUACAAAAUGAUUCAUUGUAUGGUUAGAUAUCAUUUUUUGUGAAAACGAAAAACAAAUUGCAACUGCAGUCUAAAACUCUAAACUUUAUCAGAAAACCCCAAAAUUGUUCCUCAGCUAGAAAUGUUCCACCUUCUCAUGUCGCCAUCUUGACAAUGUCACUGAUUUCAUGGAGCUCUCCUGCGCAUCAUUUACUUCACAAAAUCCCGCAAAUUUGAAAGCGGAAGAAAUAAACAUUGUGAGAUUGUAAAUAUGUGUGAGAGUCAGAGAUUUGAAAGCAGACGCUUUCAUCCAAAGCAAUGUACAGUAAUGCGUACAUACAUUUUACUUUUGGGUGGCCCAGGGAAAUUAGACUUUUUUUCAAGCUUUUCUAAGCAAUUUUUGUAUCUCUUUCUUUGUAAUACUGUAUGUAUUCAAUCAUUUCGAAUUGGUCACUUCCCACUGGGCACAUACAUCAAUUCAAUGUUUAUUCCACAUUGGUUCAACGUAAUUUAAUUGAAAUUACAUGGAUAUUGUGUCACAGUGAAUUUUUAAAUCUGCAGUCAAUUUAAUUAUGUUUUCAUGUGCCAUGAAUCUGACAUUUCACAUAUGAUCCUCAUAGGAUUAGGCUACAUAAUUACAGUGGUGCAGUAAAUGUAAUGUCAAUUCAAUACGAUGGUGCAUAUACUGUACAUAUAGCCAUUAUAGCUAUUAAACCCAUGUUCAGUGACUGUAAUCUGUGACCCAAGUGGCCUAAUAUGUUUGUGACGUUCCAUGGAACCCACGGUAUUGUUUAAAACUAGAUUCGGAUUGGCUUGCAGGUCAUUCUACAGUGUAAAUUAUAAAUGAAAACGUGUUUUUAUAUCAGUGUUACAGAUUCACAAUACCGAGCAUGUCUCAACCCGUACCGCGCUUUUAUCUGCCUAAAGGUAUCUUCAAGCACGACUGGAUAGGCCUUUUGGAUAAGUUUGUCCAAGGUAAGGACAUGCAUCAAGCUAUAGCCUACUUUUAAUGUUUUACUUCCGAACUCAAGUUACUCCAGUCAAGUGAUUAAUCGUAAGAGUUGGUGGUUUUGACUGAGCAGUCCAAUGGCCAAUGCUGUUUUUGGACUAUGAGACCCUCGGCUAUAUACUAUGAUGAGCCAAUAACAUGCAUAGAUUAUCCAUUAGGCAUUGCACAAAUCAGUGUCUAGGUCAGAAUAUAAAGUUGCUACUUCCGUCAACUCAAGUUACUCAAGUCAAGUGAUUAAUCGUAAGAGUUAGUUGUUUUGACUGUCAAAACAAAUAACUUUGAUGGAAUAUUCCAAAUUACAAUUGCAAUUAUUCAUCACAAAUUCACAAUAUUACUUGUAUUUCAAUGAUUCAUCCAGGCCCAAGACAUAAAGUCUCC